AUGCAAUUUACUCUUGCAAGUGUGACCAACUCGAUCGUACAGAAUUCACCGAUAAUCACAUUUUCUUUUUCAGCCACCAAGAAACCAUUAUCGCCGUUCGCCAAAUUUCGUCAACUAGAUCGGCAAUAUAGUUCUUCUUUGCCGUCAAGUCCCAUAAAGUCGCCAGAAAAGGAGUUUCGUUUUAGAUUUACCGAACCUACUGUGACAAAUAAUGCGGUACAGAUAAAAGAACGAUUGUUAUCUUGGUGCCGUUCCAAAACCAAGGAGUACGAGAAUAUACAACUUGACAAUUUCUCAACAAGUUGGAACAAUGGUUUGGCAUUUUGCGCUCUGAUUCAUCAUUUUAGACCUGAUGCCUUUGAUUAUCAUUCGUUACGUCCACAGGACCGCAGGAAGAACUUUGAUCUGGCAUUCAAAACGGCUGAUGAAGCCGGUAUCGCGCCCUUGCUUGAUGUCGAGGACAUGGUAGUUAUGCGACGUCCAGAUUGGAAGUGCGUCUUCACUUACGUUCAAUCCUUUUAUCGGCGUUUCAAGGACGAGGAUUGA